AUGAUUUUUUAUGCAAAUAUAUGGAAGUCAUCUUCAAGUCUCCGAUUCAAAGCUCAUACAGCUUUCCUGGUGCUAACAAUCACUUAUGUCUAUUCAUUCUUCUUUGACAAAGUGGUGAAUGGGAAACCAGAUGCAUAUAGUCUCGUUUCAUGUGCUUCCUUUGCUAUCAUGUCACUCAGUUUGUCACGGCGAACUCAUUGCGGAGUUGAAAUUGAUCUUCUCUACUUCUUCCUCGGAUGUCUAAUUGUGCAGCUCAUGAAGAUUAGCUUGCAGUUACUCAUUCUUGGAGCAGGUUUCAGCUACUCCCUUAUUAUUCUUCAUUCUUCACUCUCUUCAACAGAUGAUGGAAUAAAAAACGAGUAUUUUGACCCGCAAGGUGAAAAUUCACUUGUCCUUGAAAUGGAUUCCUUACUACUGGAACAGCUUAAAACUUGUAUGAAGGGAAUUGAAGAGGAGAAUUUGAAUCUCGUAGACAGGCUUAUGGAGCUCGUGAAGGAAUACAAUCUAGAUAAGAGUGAAUUACAUUUACUCGGUAAGUCUGAUUAUGUAAUGGAUUCUCUGUCAUCAAGAAAGAUCCAUAAUCUUAAUGAAACAAUGAAGUUGAUGGUAGCAACUGGUUAUAAGAAAGAGUGCUAUGAUGUGUAUAGCAGUUGGCGCAAGGUAUUCUUGAAGGCGAGACUUGGCAUGGAGGCAUUUUGGAAUCCAAUGCAACAUGAAGUUGAGAGAAGAGAUAAUUUCAACAGGCUUAGGGAGAUAGGGAUUAUAGUUAUAGUUAGAUUCUUGAUCAACCUAUGUAAGCUGACAUCUUUUGUGAUCUCUUUGUAG